UGCGUCUGUCGUUGUCAUCAAAUGGCCAGCGUUGAGAGUCUGGACGGCAGCGCCUGCGAUGAUGACGGCAUCAUCUCCGAGGUGCCACAGGUGGGUCAUCUGCCCACCGUGCCACUUGAGCUCGUCUGCCCCGCCUGCCACACGCUGCAAACGAGCAAUGUGGAGCUCGAGGCGGUCACGAAUCUACAGAAGAUUGUCUGCUCCCUGAAUUGGCUGCUCUGCUGCAAUCCCAUUCGCUGGAGUGGCAGGCAUGAUAUUAAUCACUAUUGCAGCUCCUGUGGCUGCUUCAUUGGGCGCCACAUCUCCUUAAGUUGGUAUAAACGCGCCUUGUUCCGCAUACAACGCUCCGAGGUGGAGGACAAUGGACGCUGGCAACGUUUCCGCAAGGUGGAGAAGGAGCAGCUGGACGAGAGGAAACUCGGCAAACAACGUGCAGCCAUCGAACAAAAUUAAUUGCAAUUAAACAAUUGUAAAUUGUUGUAUCAUAAAUUGUUUUUAAUUUAAUCAUAAUAAAAGCAUCUAUUUAAACAAUGACAUAA